AUGGCACAAGCACACUUUGAAAUUACCCAGCAGUUAGAGGGCAUCUGCCUGCAGGUGAUCGGCACAGUUCUCCAGCAGCACGUCCUGGAGUUCUAUGAAGAGAUCCUGUCCCUGGCCCACAGUCUGACGUGUCAGCAGGUGUCCCCUCAGAUGUGGCAGCUGCUCCCUCUGGUCUAUGAGGUCUUCCAACAAGACGGAUUUGACUAUUUCACAGAUAUGAUGCCACUUCUCCAUAACUACAUCACAGUUGACACAGACACACUCCUGUCUGACACCAAAUACCUUGAAAUAAUCUACAGUAUGUGCAAAAAGAUUUUGUCAGGAGACCCAGGGGAGGACCCAGAAUGCCAUGGGGCCAAGCUGUUGGAGGUUAUCAUUCUACAGUGCAAAGGUCGUGGUAUUGACCAGGUGUGUUCCCUGAACUUUGUCCAU